AUGCUAGGUGGAAUUAAGAACAUGAAGAUUGCCUUGGCUCUGGGGCUUGGAUUAAUGAAAGUCGCCGAAGCCCUGCCCGCAUUUCCGGGUCUGUCUUCCUCCGACUGGACGAGCACAGGAAGAGCUCUAUACUUCCAAACCAAUGAAGACUCUAAUGCUAUUGUCUCUGUGAAAAUCCAUGAUAACGGCACCUUGUCUGAAGGUCAAUUGACCUACACGAACGGUACCGGUGCGAGAGAAAUCAGUGCUGCCACAAACCAAACUGCUAGUCCCGAUGGUUUGAGCAGUCAAGGGUCGGUUACUGUCGUGGGCAAUAGCCUCUUUGCAAUCAACUCUGGAGACAACACAGUUUCAAUGUUUGCCAUCAGCGAAGAUGAUCCUACAAACAUCACUCUAGUUGGUGCGCCUGCCUCCGUUCCCGGCGACUUUCCUGUCACUGUGGCUGCCUCUGAAUUGAACAAUUUGGUUUGUGUUGGGACCAGCGGCGCCAGAUCUGGUGUUUCAUGUGCCCCAUACGCAGCUAACGUCGGAAUUGGUAAGAUGGACUUUUUGAGAACUUUUGACCUUGAACAAUCUAAAACUCCUGCCGGACCUCUUGAUACUGUUUCUCAAGUUCUUUUCUCCGCUGAUGAAUCAGAGUUGAUUGUGACCGUGAAGGGAGAUCCAACCUCGAACAAAACCGGCUUUGUUAGCGUCUUUUCAGUGACGGGCGCGUGGUUGACUGAACAACCAAGACUAUCUGCCUCUCGUAUUGACAGCAAGCUAAAUGGUACCGUUGCGCUAUUCGGAUUUCAACAAAUUCCUCACUCUAGCAAGUACUUUUCCACUGACGCUGGCUUUGGUGCUGUCAUUUUCUCAGUUGAUGCCGCAAGAGAGACUUCUACCCUUCUACACAAACAGGUCAUUGCCGACCAGAUGGCCACCUGCUGGGCUGCGAUUUCACCUGUAACAAAAUCAGCCUUCGUCUCUGACCCUCUUGUCAACCACAUUGUGGAAAUGAGCUUGGAUGACGCCUCUAUUAUUUCUGUGGUUAACUCAACUUCUUCGAAUGACGCCUCCGGGUACAUUGACUUGGCAGCUGCGGGUGCUUAUGUUUAUGCUCUAUCUCCAGGUGCCACUGAAGGCUCUGGAGCUGAGGUUGCAGUUCUUUCGGUUAGCCCUGGAAAAGAGAAGUCUAUCACCCAAUCGUUUAACGUGGGUUCAUGGGCCGGUACCAGCGCCCAAGGCCUCGCUGUGUUUCCAUAA